UCCAUAACCAUGAAGUUCGUUCGAUCAGUCAUUCCUCAUUCGUUCAUCUGUAAUGCGCCAUCAUUCUUCACAAGGGAAAUAAUACCGACGUUGUCACAAGACAUUUCCCCCUGAUUUGCAAUAUAAAGUCGCCUGAAUCCCCUCUUGAAUGCCAAUCAAGGAGUUCGAAACAGUCAACACCGCUCUGAGAAACCAUCCGAAAUAUAAUCUUAAUUAACGGCGUCCAGAUAAAACAGAUCCACGAUUGGUUCAUCGAAUUCUAAACAGUUUAAUAAAAUUGUAUUUUUUCAUCCAUUUUCUUCUACCACCCAGCCGUUUCAAAAGGAUCAGCAAAAUAAUCAGCAGUUUCAGCAAGUUCAAAAAUAAGAAUGUUGUUUGUGCCGAAGACGAAAGCGAAACCAAAGACAGCGAGGGGCAGCAACAGCAGCCGGAAGACACGCUUCAAGAGUUCCAGGCUGACGCGAAUGUCUCCCCCGAGGAAAGCGGAAACGAUACACAAGCGCUUCCCACGUACGACGAAGCUACAUUCGAUGAGAUGACAACUGAGGACAGCAGCGAGAAUGAGCGAAGGCGGAACCGGACCCAUCACUUCGCGCUCAAACACAAUCCUGUUGAGCUGAGUAUUAUCGUGGAGAGGGCGGACGAAGACGGCAGCAUUAAUCAACAUUCGCCGGAUGCAGCCAUCAAUGGCGAAAUGAGUGGCAAGUCUGCGAACGGUAGCUUAUCAAGUGCAGAGGGAGGAGCGCCUGGUGCUGGCGAUUCGAGCGGAACUGGUGGACUUUUCAGAGAUGAAUACGAUGUUGAUGAGCCGGGACGAGAUAGUGGGGGCGAGGAUUCUAGCGAAAAGAGUUUGCAAGGGUUCGAGCAAGUUGAAAAAAUACUACAGGAAAUUCCCACUGCAACGAAGCUGAAAAUUCUAACGCGAUUUCGAUCGUUUGAUUAUCCCAGCAAGGACGAGAUUGAUAGCGAUGAUGAAGAGGAUGAUGGAAUACCUGCGAAAAAAUUUGGCCUCAAGGAGUUCAGAGAGGAAAUGCAAUCGAAAGAAAAAAUGAGCAUUGCAGAGGACGAUGGUGGGGAGGAUGGCGACGAUGAAACUAUUGUGCCUGAUGAUGCGGAUGAUGACUUCGAUGUGGAGGCUGCCAUUGAGAGGGUACUAUCGGAAGCCACCCCGGAAGAUAGGAAGACUGCCUGGGAAAAGUUACAAGAUAGCUUACAACGAGUUCCCCGAAGGAAAAAUAUGUUUGAUUUGUUUUAUGAAAGCGAUGAAGAUGUUCUGAAGAAAUUAUUUAGGAAAACCAAAAACAAGCUGCAGUUUCAUUUUAGUGAGAGCUCGGCUGACUCUUCGGAUACGUUAUAAUUUGCCUCCAGGAGAACAAAGACAAUCGAUUUUACGAGAAAUGAGUUCAAAUUAGGUACAAA